AGCUCCUUAGACCCCUCCCCUCAGCUCCCUGGUAUAUAUGUCCAUCCCCCGAAUUCCUAUAGAGAAUGUGCCUGUGCCUUGCUGCGCCCGUAGACCACACAGCUCUCAGAGUCGAGGGUAAACGAGGCUCAGAACCCUGGAGACGGACGAGCAGAGGGCAGCCGCACUGCUCAGCCUUGGCGUCAACAUGCUGUACCUGGACACCGCCACCUCGGCUCCGUACAACGAGCCACAGUACACAAACCUGGGGCUCCUAAACAGUAUGGACCAGCAGAUCCAGAAUGGGGGCUCCACCUCGACGAGCCCAUACAACAACGAGCACACUCAGAACAACGUCACGACUGCCUCACCCUACGCCCAGCCCAGCUCCACCUUUGAUGCUCUCUCCCCGUCGCCCGCCAUUCCCUCCAACACUGACUACGCCGGCCCCCACACCUUCGACGUGUCCUUCCAGCAGUCCAGCACUGCCAAGUCUGCCACCUGGACGUACUCGACAGACCUGAAGAAACUGUAUUGUCAGAUUGCCAAGACUUGUCCAAUCCAGAUCAAGGUCCUGACCAACCCACCACAGGGGGCCGUCAUCAGGGCCAUGCCUGUCUACAAAAAGGCGGAGCAUGUCACCGAGGUAGUGAAGCGCUGUCCUAACCACGAGCUCAGUCGGGAGUUCAACGAAGGCCAGAUAGCACCUCCUAGUCAUCUGAUCCGAGUGGAGGGGAACAGCCACGCCCAAUAUGUUGAGGACACGAUUACGGGCCGCCAGAGUGUGUUGGUGCCAUAUGAGCCACCCCAGGUGGGCACAGAGUUCACCACCAUCCUGUACAACUUCAUGUGCAACUCCAGCUGCGUCGGAGGCAUGAACCGACGCCCCAUCCUCAUCAUCGUCACUCUAGAAACCAGAGAUGGUCAGGUCCUGGGACGGCGGUGCUUUGAGGCCCGGAUCUGUGCCUGCCCUGGCCGGGAUCGCAAGGCCGAUGAAGACAGCAUUCGCAAGCAGCAUGUGACGGAUGGGACAAAGAGCAGUGAUGGAUUUCGCCAGACAUCACAUGGGAUUCCAAACUCUAUGAAGAAAAGAAGAGCCACAGAUGAGGAGGUCUUCUGUCUGGCUAUUAAAGGCCGUGAGACCUAUGAGUUUUUGGUGAAGAUUAAAGAGUCUCUGGAACUGGUGCAGUUUGUGCCUCAGCAUACGGUUGACUCAUACAGACAACAGCAACAGACACUGCUACCAAAACCGAGCUCUGUACCCUCCCAGCCCUCGUUCGGUUCCAGCUCACCUCCUCAUGGCAAGGUGAAUAAACUGCCAUCCGUCAGCCAGCUGAUGAACCCCCAGCAGCGCAAUUCCCUCACCCCCUCUAGCAUGCCCGGAGGCCUCACAGACUUGUCCAUGAUGGGUGGCCACAUUCCCAUGGCAGCAGACAUGGGGGCACUGAGCCCCACCCACACCCUGCAGCAGCAGUUACCCAUGGUGCCCACCUCCCACUGCACGCCGCCACCACCCUACCCUAUCGACAGCAGCAUUUCCAGUUUCCUUCUGAGGUUGGGCUGCUCCUCCUGUCUGGAUUACUUCACUGCCCAAGGCCUGUCCAACAUCUACCAGAUCGAGAACUACAACAUGGAGGACCUCUCCCGGCUCAAGAUCCCGACGGAGUAUCAGCACGUGAUCUGGAAGGGGAUUCUGGACCACAGACAGGCUAUGGACUUCUCGUCCCCGUCGCAUAUCCUGAGGGCUGCGGGCGGGCCCUCGGGGGUUGGCGUGGGCCCCCCGGAGGCCCGGGGCGAGCGUGUUAUCGACGCCGUGCGCUUCACCCUGCGCCAGACCAUCUCCUUCCCCCCACGCGAUGACUGGAGCGACUUCUCCUUCGACAUGGACUCCCGCCGCAACAAGCAGCAGCGAAUCAAGGAGGAGGGAGAGUGAGGAGGCCACACCCCUGCUCUCGCUCCUCCCACUGAAUCUAAAACUGUGACACGUACCUGUCUGCUGCCACAUCCUCUGUUGACUAAACUAACAAAGAAACUCAGAAAAUACGCACUUAUUUAGUUCAUUUUAUGUACUUUUGUCACUGUGUCACUUAUAGCAAGACUUAGCUCAUAGCAAGCUGGGCAAUGGGUAGAGGGUGCUUUUCAGCACAUUGUCUGUUUGAAGAUACUUUUGUAUUUAGCCUAUGAUGCAGCAGAUGGAGCACUUACCAACUGCUAAACGACUUGUUGCUUUGCGCGGAUCCAGCAUCAGCCCCUUCUUGUGUAUAGUUCAGUGCCAUUCAAAGUUCCAAGAGGGUUUUCUUUCCUUGGGUGUGAAAUGUUGCAAAAGAACCUUUUUUUUUUUGCAUUUUUAGAAGGAAUUCAAAAUGUUGUUCAGAUCCACCUCUAGCUUUAUGCUAUCGUAUAAAUGUGAGGUUUUGUGUUAUGAUGAAAUUCUUCAACAUUAUUACCAGCCAAAAAUAGUGUUAUACAGACUUUGAAUUUGCAGUGGUUUUCAGCCAUGAAAAAGUUACCGUGACAAAGUAACUUUGCCGCAGCAAUGUGUUAUUACCAUGUGAAUUGAUAAAAUUUAAACAUUUAGCCGUAUUAUAGAAUAUCCAUAGUAUUCAAUUAGUCCCAUUAAGUGAUACAGAAGCAUGCCAAAUGGAAGUUCCCCACUGGGGAUAUAUUUCUAUUCCCGUUUUGUUCCAUUGCAGUACCACACACAUUUUCCACCAGAUUACAGAAAACCCUGUAUUUCCCACAGCUUCAUGGGUAUUAGCAUUCAGCAUCAGUUUGUGCAACCCUUUGUUGGUGAUAAUGUGGCUUUAAUGGAGGGGAAGUUACAUCAGCUGUCUUUAAGAUUUUCAACUUUCAGCCAUACCAAUGCCUGAUUCUUAGUCCAGCGGGUCUCCAUGAUGAACUUACUUUAAACGGUGCAUUUUGGGAACUUUUUCUGUCUGACAGUCUAGAACGGCAGAAAUAUGUGUAUAUAUUUUUUUUGUAUAAAAUUGUGUUGGAUAUGGAGAAGGGUUUUCUAGUUAACUAGGUCAUUUCAAGAAGCAUUUGUUUGUCCUUCUGCAUUAAUUAGGACUGUUAAUGUUAAAGCCAAGCAGUGUUCCGUUUUGUCUAUUGUUUCAGAAUAGCAAUCCUAGUACUUAGGAUGUAUACAAUUUUUUUAACUUCUUUUCUCAAAUCAUCUAUUGGUCUAAAAUGUUCAAAAUGGUUUUUUUUUUUUUUAUGAAAUAGAACGGUCAAAACGAUGUUGUUCUUACAUGAUACUGCAUGUAAUAUCAGUGUAUGCUACAGCACUGAAGUCCUCAAUUUCAAUUUAGGGUUCUGCUAGUAGGCUACAGUACAUAAGUAUAUGUAGGAAUACAGAACAUGUGCAUGCUGUAAAUGAGCAGUAUUUUUAUAGUAAUUUGCCAGGUUGAGAAUCAAAGAAUUGUGUGUUUAUGCAGAGAUUCACAUCUGAAGAACAUACUGAGCUAUACGUAUUAAACAUGGACAAACACAUUCGAUUGACUUUUAGAAUGGUGUCUUUGCGAUAUAUUAACCAUAUCUGGUUCUGAAAGAGCCAGUCAUAAUGGCAGAGGCACAGUAUGGCAGAGAUGCAUUCAAAAUACAUUUUACUUUGUCUUUUUUGUUUUGUUUGUUUUGUAUUUUCACAAAGGAGAUACUACUGAUCAUUUUGUACAAUUUAUUGUAUAUAUGUUGCAAGUGAAAGAUGUAUAAACAUUUCUCCUUAUUUUGAUAUAUGCAAAAUGCAAAAAAAUAAAAGCAAAUUGUCAUAACA